AUGGAUAACCGAUUAGAAAGAAAUGUAAACAAACUUAUUGAUCGAUACAAAAAAACAACUUAAUAGAUUGAUUAAAUUAUGUAAUAUGAAUCAAGUCUUUAACAGCCAGCUACAUAUUUAAUAGGAAGAUCUAGACCAUCUAAAAUUAAUGAGGAUGAGUAAACAAUUCUUUCUUUAUUUAGUGAGGAUUCUUCUAGAGAAAGACGGGGAUAAAGUACUUCACUUGAAUAAAUAAGUAGAUUAAGAGAAACUUUAAAUGCAAAGGAACUCUAAGAAAAAGAAAAAUAUGAAAGAGUUAGAAUAUUAAAUUAAGAAUUAAAAGUACAUUUUUUAUUUUAUCAGAUCACUCUUAAAGACUAUAUGAAUAUAAACAAAGAACUUGAAAAUAAAUUACAGCUUAAAGAAAAACAAAUUAAAUCUUUUGAAUAAGAAAAUAGAUUGUUAUAAGAUUAAUUAAAUAAAGGAGAUUUUAGCAAUAAAGAAGCAAAAGGUAAAUUUGAUAAUCAAGAGAAAAAUCUUGAAUCAUUAUAAUAAUAAAAUCAUGUUCUCCGCUUAAAAUUACAAGAUAAGAAGUAAAAAUUAGUUUCUUACAGAGAAUAAUUGAAAUAAGCAGAAAAUGUAUUUGAAUAACAAGGAUAAAGUUUUGGAAAAGAACUUGAAAGAGUUUAAUAAUUAUGUGAAGAAUUCUCUAAUGAAAUGUAAUCCUAAAUAUUAAUAUUAUUAGAAAAAAUCAAGAAUAAUAAAAUACAGAAUUGUAAGCAGAAUUAGACCAAUCUAAAAAUGAAUUAGUUAAUAAAGAAGAAUAAUUAAGAUAUUUUGAAUAGUUAUUUUAAGAUAUGCAUUAAAGAGAUAAUGAUCAAUAAUAAUAAAUUUAAUAUUUGAAUCAACAACUAGAUUAUUAUAAAUAAUAGUUAGAUCAAGCUAAUUAUAAAUGUGAAGAAAUACAAAAUUAACUUUUACAAUCUGAAAACCAUCAAUAGCGUCUAUUAUCAAAUUAAUAAGCAGAUAUUGAAAAAAAAUUAUCACAGUAAUAGACUCUUUUCGAUAAAAAAAAAUAAAAAAUUUGUAAUUAAAAAGUCCUUAUUGAUAUUUUGAACACCAAAAUUUAGGAGUGUCAAAGAAAACUUGAAAAUGAAGAAAAAAAUAGUAAUAUUUAUAAAUAAGACCAAAAAAAAUUAUAAGAUAUUAAUAAUGAAAUGAAUACAUUUAUUGAAAAUUUAUAAGUUAAGUUACAGAAUGCAGAAAAUAAAAUCUUAGAUUUAAAUUAAGAGAUUUAAGAUCAGAAAUCUGUAUUCUAAUAAAAAAAAAUGAAAUCUGAAGAACUCGAAUUAAUUACAAGAUAAGAUUUUCGAACUAUAGAAUAAGUAAUGAAUUAAACUAUUUUAAGCUAAAACAUUAAGUUUUAAGUUUAUAAGAAUAAUUAAAAAUGUCUUAAUAAGAUAAUAGAGAAUUAGAGAACAUACUACAAUUAAAAUAACAUGAAAAUGAUUAAACUAUGGAUGAAAUUGAAAUUAAGAUAGAUUAACUAGUCAAAUCAUUAACUUCCUCAAAAGAUGAAAUAAAAGUAUGUAAAGUUCGUGAAAAUGAAUAUAAGUAAAAAAUAAAACUUUAAGAUGAAGAAAUCUUAAAGUUAACAUAAAAAUCAACAAAAUUAAAAUAAUAAGUUGAAUAAAGUUCAUAUUCAUUAAAACAAGUAAAGAAAAAUUUAUCAUACUAUUAUAGAUAGAAGAAAAAGUUAAAUUUUAUGAAAAUGAAAGAGAAAUUAAGUAGCGAUAAGAGACAUAAGUGAAACAAGAUCAAGCUACCACAUAAAAUAAGUUAAGAGUUUUAGAUGAUAUUCAUUCUUUAAUCAAGAUGCAUAAGAAAUUUUGA